CCUGCAGAUAAGAGUAAAUUACUGUACUUAACUUACCCUUCUGUCUCCCUUCAGGAUGGAUUGUAGGGAAGCCCCAUGGAAAAUUACAAUCAAACAUCAACUGAUUUCAUCUUGUUGGGGUUGUUCCCGCCAUCAAGAAUUGGCCUUUUCCUCUUCAUUCUCAUUGUUUUCAUUUUCCUGAUGGCUCUAAUUGGAAACCUAUCCAUGAUUCUUCUCAUCUCCUUGGACACCCACCUCCACACACCCAUGUAUUUCCUACUUAGUCAGCUCUCCCUCAUUGACCUAAGUUACAUCUCCACCAUUGUUCCUAAGAUGGCUUCUGAUUUUCUGCAUGGAAACAAGACUAUCUCCUUCACUGGGUGUGGGAUUCAGAGUUUCUUCUUCUUGGCAUUAGGAGGUGCAGAAGCGCUACUUUUGGCAUCUAUGGCCUACGAUCGUUACAUUGCUGUUUGCUUUCCUCUCCACUAUCUCAUCCGCAUGAGCAAAAGAGUGUGUGUGCUGAUGAUAACAGGAUCUUGGAUCAUAGGCUCUAUCAAUGCUUGUGCUCACACUGUAUAUAUUCUCCAUAUUCCUUAUUGCCAAUCCAGGGCCAUCAAUCAUUUCUUCUGUGAUGUCCCAGCCAUGGUGACUCUGGCCUGCACGGACACCUGGGUCUAUGAGGGCACAGUGUUUUUGAGCACCACCAUCUUUCUGGUGUUUCCCUUCAUUGGUAUUUCAUGUUCCUAUGGCCGGGUUCUCCUUGCUGUCUACCGCAUGAAAUCUGCAGAAGGGAGGAAGAAGGCCUACCUGACCUGCAGCACCCACCUCACUGUAGUAACUUUCUACUAUGCACCUUUUCUCUACACUAAUCUACGUCCAAGAUCCCUGCGAUCUCCAAUAGAAGACAAGGUUCUGGCUGUUUUCUACACCAUCCUCACCCCAAUGCUCAACCCCAUCAUCUACAGCCUGAGAAACAAGGAAGUGAUGGGGGCCCUGACACGAGUGAGUCAGAGAAUCUGCUCUGUGAAAAUGUAGACACACUUUCUGCCUAAGGUUUCAGGAAUCAGAUACACAUCCAUUCA